AUGGUGAAGCAGAUCAAAACAUCAACAUUUAUUGCACGAAAUCCUAGAGCAUUCAAGAGAGACAUUGCAUCCACUUGUAGUAAUAUCAGGAAAGAAAGAUAUCAAGUGUCAUUGAUGAAUAAUGUUGCCCACCCUGUCAUUCACGAUGCAAAGGGUGGAGAGGAAGAAGGGGAUAAUUACGAUGAGGAAAAUGAUGAUGAUUAUCAUGAUGAGGAACGAGGUGGUAAUGGUUACGAGGACGAAGACGAUGAUGAUGAUGAUGAUGAUGAUGAUGAUGAAGAGGAUUACAUCCACGAUUAG